GCAAAGAGUAUAAUAAUAUAUUGGUAAAUUGGGCUAAUUUGAGUACCUACCUACCUACUGACUAUUGAUGCAAAGUGUAAAGUCUGCAAACAUAUUACAUAAUAAUUUUAUUUUUGUACUGCAGCGGACAUAAAUAAAAUAUCGUCAAACGGUAUUGUUAAAGGUGAAUGAAAUGUUGUAUAAUUCUUUGAGAUUUCUGUCGAAUGAUGCUACAUUAGUUCGUGUAAUGUCAUCGUUACAACUUUAUAAAUAUUUGUUACGCAAGUGUGAAACAUUACCGCCGGACGCUUGUAAACAUUAUAAAUUCGCUAUAAAGCAGAGUUAUAAACAGCAUAAAACUGAAACUGAUUCUGAACGGGUUAGAGAAAUAAUAGCUAAGAGUAUACAAGAUGCUGAAUGGAUUGUGAAAAAGUAUGCAGGUAAAGAAUGAUCAUGCAAACAAUGAUGUGGCUGUCUCCUCAAAAUGAGAUCUUUCUUAUAAAUUUGUUAUUAUACUUAUGAAAAUAAUGUUUGGUGAGAAAAUAGAAGAUUAUGAAAUUCUGGAACAUCUAGGAAAAGGAGGUUUUGCUCAUGUAUAUAGAGCAAAAUGCAGACAAACGGGACUAUUUGUUGCUAUCAAAAUGAUAGACAAAGCUUUAAUGGUGAAUGCUGGUAUGAUAGGACGUGUUAGACAAGAGGUCACAAUACAUUCUCGCUUAAAACAUCCUGCAAUUUUAGAACUAUACACUUUUUUUGAAGAUGCACAUUAUGUAUAUUUGGUUUUAGAAUUAGCUCAUAAUGGAGAAUUGGCUAAGCAUUUUAAAUUAGGUACUAGAGGUCUUUCCGAGAAGGCUGCUUCAGAUAUAUUUAGACAAGUUGUGAGUGGGGUUGUGUAUCUUCAUACUCACAAUAUUAUACAUAGAGACCUAUCUCUUAAUAAUUUACUGCUGACUAAGGAUUUAAGAGUAAAGAUUGCUGAUUUUGGCCUUGCAACACAAUUAAAUGGCCCCGAUGAAAAACAUGUGACUAUGUGUGGUACUCCUAAUUAUAUUUCACCAGAAGUAGCUUCAAGAGAGCACCAUGGCUUACCAGCAGAUGUUUGGGGACUGGGAUGUAUGCUGUAUACAUUAUUAGUUGGCAGUCCUCCAUUUCACACCCAACAUGUAAAAACAACUCUAAAUAGAGUUAUUAACGCAGAUUACAAAAUACCAUUGGAAUUAUCUAUUCAAGCUCAGGACUUGCUACAAAGACUUUUAUGCAAGGAUCCUUCACAGCGCAUUACUUUAAAAAGCAUAUUGGAACAUCCAUUCUUAACUAAUAUGAAUCAUGAAAGUGUGACUAAUAUAAAGCAAGACUUAUCAAAGGAUUCGGGAUUUUUGACAACAUUACAUAGCACACAACAUAGUAACAAACUAAUGUAUUCAAAAAAAUCUAACCCAGAUUUACAGUAUGAGUAUAAUAAGCAUAACUUACAACAUGACCAUUUUGUUCAUAAAGACAGAAAUGAUGUUGGGCAAGUUUUUAAUGCAAUGAGGCUUGAUAAUAAUUGUGGUACAAGCAAUAGUGGAUCAUUCAAGUUGUUUGAUAAUUACAAUCAAAUAUCUACACCUAUUCUAUAUCAAUUAGAAAAUCUAUCUCAACCAUUAGCUAAUAAUAUCCCAGAUACUGUGAGAAUGACAAGCAACAGCAAUUGUCCUGAAGCAUUGAAAAUUAAAUCAUUCAAUACAGAAAGUAAUACUAAGCCUUCUGCAAUCAAUUCACAAUCCAUAGGAGUACCACCAUUGUGCGCUGAUCGAUUGCCUUCAAUAUCUCACAGAACCAGAAAUGCCAUACUUAAAAUUGAUUGUAGUGGUGUGAUUGUAGAGUUUAUAAAAAGAAAAGGUAGAGAAAGAGAAGAAAAGAUAGUAGAAAUAUGCAAAAUUUCAAAAGAUGGCAUGAAGAUACUUAUAACAGCAACAGAUAAAAGUUUGGGAAACAAUAAUGAGAAUAAUCCUAAUGUAGAUGAGGUAUUUACAUACCAUAACCUACCACAGAAACAUUGGAAGAAGUAUUUAUAUGCUGCUCGUUUUGUAGAUCUUGUCAAGGCUAAAACACCAAAAAUAACUCUUUAUUCAUCUAUGGCUAAAUGUCAACUGAUGGAAAAUGGAACAGAUAUUGAAAUGUUUUUUUAUAGUGGAGAAAAAAUUACUAGCAGUGCAAGUGAGGGUAUUAAAAUUAUAGAUAAAUCUCUAAAAACUUAUCACUCUCUGACAGAAGCACAAGAAUUAAAAUAUCUAAGUGAUCACUUUGAAGAUUGUGCAAAUAAAAUGAAAAGAAUUCAAGGUGCUCUAUCAUGUAUUUCUGAUGAAUGUUAUCCGUUGAUAAUUGGAAAGAGACCAAUUCCAGUCCAAAGUUCAUUAGAAAAUAUUAUAACUCAAAGUGUAUCAAAGAAAGGGCCAACACCUCAUUUUCAGUAUGGAUCAUUUCAUCGAGGAACACCCUGUUCUAGUCACACACCAAGUGACAAAUAGUAAAUUUAAAUAAUACAAACGAAAAUUUAUUCGAACAGUAUUUUAUAUUUUAAGUGAUUUAAUGUAAAUUUUUAAUUACUUUAAUAUACAUGUAAUAUAGAUUAUAUACUAAAUUAUAUAAAAAAAACUAUAUAUAGUAAUGACUAUAAAUAUCACGUUUUUGUUGUGGGGCUUAAAUACUGACAGUUUCUACAUACAAGUCUCUCUGUCCUGAUUAUAUUAUAUUUUAUAAUUGCUACAUAAUAUUCCAUAAAAAUUUCUAUGAAGAAAGAUAGAACAAUUAUGUUGUUGAAAUAACAUUUAUAGUAUUAUAAAAACAUAUUAUAUACAUAAAAAUAUGUAAUAAAAUAAAAAAUUUCCACUAAUUACAACUUCACAGAAAUUUGGUACAUAAUUCGAUAAGGCUUAAGAAAAAAAAAUUCAUAUUAAAUUAAAGCUAUUUUAUUAUUAUAGACAUGCAUACAAA